UACGGCGGGUCAUGGCUUUUAAAGGCCUCCAUUCCUAUUUCCUACCUCUCUCAGUUAUUUCAUUGAAGCGCACUCAACGUUCUCCAUUGAAGCGUUCUCCGUUGAAUCUAAUUCUUGUAUUUCCCAUUGAAGCAGCUUCUAAGGGCGGCCGCCCCUCCUACUCUGUCUCAGGGACGGGCCUGGUCGAGGAAGGCUGGCUGAUGUUGAGGUGUUUGAGCAGAGAAAACAGUGCUGUUGGACGGAGUUUGAGUACAUGUGUUAAUCCUCCAUUGCCAUGGCUUUUUGUGGGAUUAGGCAAUCCUGGUGAUAAAUUCAAAGGCACUCGUCAUAAUGUUGGCUUCGAAAUGAUUGAUGCACUUGCUGAUUCUCUUGGCAUUUCACUCAAUAAUGUUCAUUGUAAAGCUUUAUUUGCCCAAGGGUUCAUUGGCAAUGUCCCAAUUUUCCUAGCAAAACCUCAGACUUACAUGAACUUAUGUGGCGAAUCUACAGGUCCUCUAGCAGCAUAUUACAAGCUACCUCUAAAUCGAGUGAUGGUGUUCCAUGAUGACAAAGAGUUGCCAUGUGGCGUACUUCGGCUUCAACACAAUGGUGGUCAUAGCAGUCACGAUGGGCUGAAGAGUGUAAUUGAUCAUUUUAGAGGGAACAGAGACUUUGCUCGCCUUAGAAUUGGAAUUGGGAGGCCUCCUGGUCAAAUGGAUCCCAAAGCAUUUUUGCUCCAAAAGUUCAAUUCAUUGGCAAGAGAACGGGUAAGUUGGAUCAUAUGCUUUUGAAAUUCUAUAUGACCUGUCUAAGCUUCUUAUGUAGUGUUUGUGAAACAAUACUGACCCGACACUAUUUAAACUAUUAUGGGUCCAUCUCAAGGAUAAUAUUCAACUUAGCAGAGCAGGUUUGGGUACCCCAGAUAAAAGUUAGUUUGAUGUGGAUAAUGUUUAGGGUGAAAAUACCCUAAGACACGUGGCCCAAUAAAGGCUUGACACGUGUCAAUCUUUCAACGGUCUGCAAAGGCCCAAUCCCUUUGCGACACGUGUCCCUUAUACCCUAAUUGAGGUACAGUUCUCCCUUACUAUAAAUAGUAAGGGUAGACCUCAUUUAUGGAGAACACACAUUAAUGGCAACCACACAAAAAAACAAACAAAGCCCAAACCUACUGAAACGCUCUCGAACCGAGAAGCUUUUAUUGUUCUUAUUCCACUUC